CGCUGAUGCAAAGUUCUGAUCUUUUUAUCGAUCAGACUCCAAGAUCCAGCAUGGCUCUGCAGAAUGUUUCCAAACUGCUCAGCUGACCUGGUCCAAGUGCUUUCUCCAGUCAGAGAGGGACACGAGGAUCCUUGGAUUGAUGAUGAAACGCAUUCUGUCUUGGAGCGACGUCCAAGGGCCACGGUGGACGACAAGUUUUUGUUCAGGCGGGCGAUCUGGUCUUGGCACCGCCGCAUCGUGCGGCGCCUGCGGGCCGUGCCGCCGCUCCUUCGCUUUGGAGUGGAAGUGCUUCUACUCCUCCUGGUUUUGCUGCAGAUCUCUUACCUGGUCAUACUUCACUCAGCUGUGUUACCUCCAGCGAUGUCCGCGUCGGGCCAAGUUGCACAGGCUUUGACUUCUGCUUUGUACACAGGACAUUUCAGCAACGUGAGCCGCGACGCGACGGAGCUGCUGGUGGUGGAGGUGGCCUUGCCAUCCAGGUGCGGGAGUUCCGCCUCUGGCGAACGAGAACAGGUUCGCUGCGAGUUCGCGUCCGACCGAGAAGUGCUCAAGUUGCCCUUGGAGAUUCGCCAAAGUGCGCUCCUAGCGGCUGCCGAACAAAGUCCAGGACUGACCGCCGUUGUGACUCUGCCGGCGAGCGACUUGGACCUGGACUGGCCUUCGCACGGAACGUGGGCGCGGAGUAUCCUUCAGCGCUACGUGCUCAGUGCGAUGGUUGCCGGGCCCUUGCGAGAGGAGGUCCUGCGGCGCGAGCCCUUCUUUACCACGCCCAACAGCACCGAGGGCAACGCCUCCGACUUGACGACGAAGUCCGCGAAGUGGUCGCUGUUGGCCUGGGGGCUGGCCGAGUUUGGACUAGGCGUUGGCAACGCGAGCAAAGCUGGAAGCCACGCCUUGUCCUACUUUUCCUGUGAAGGCGAGUCUCCCAUGUCUCUUUCUGCGCUGCGGCGCCUGGCGGAGCUGGUCGACAGGCCGAUGGAGUGGUGGCUCUUCAAAGUUGUUUGGCUCUUCAGCACCGCGGUGCUGGGGCUGCUGGUGGCGGUGCUGCAGUGCUAUGCGGUGCGGACCUCCUUGCUUGGCUGCUACAAGCUAGCCUCUUUCAAGACAAAGAGCUUCUUGGAGAAUUUGGAGGCGUUUGUGCUUGUGCUGUCUCCCUUGUGCCUGGGGGUGGUGUUUUGCAGCAUCAUGGGCGAUGACGCGGAAGAUACCGCCGUGAUUUUGGUGGGCCUUUCCAUUGGAGAGGUGGUCUCCUACGUGGCGCUCCACACCGAAGAAUCGCGGUACCUCUUCCCACGCACGGCCUUGCCCGCCUACGUGGCCAACGCCUACUAUGCCUAUUUCCAUCCCUUUGGUCUUACCUGGCUUUCUCACAGUUGCCUCUACUGCUACCAGGCCUUCCUGUUCCUCGUGCUUUGGAGCCAUUUCGAAAGCACCGUUGCACUGCCAAGCUAUUCGUUGGAUCAGCUGGUUGUUGAGGUGAAGCUGAGACCAAGCCGCUCACAGGUCGCCAAGUUCAAUCUCUCUCCCUCCGUGCAGAAGCUUCUGCUUGAGCAAGGGCUUCUGCUUCUGGGUGACAACACGUCUUACGAAACGGGAGUGGUGAUGAGUGCAGUGAUUUCAAGGGCUGUACAGAAUGUCAAGGCGAUCCGGCGGACGGACGGAGACCUCGUGGAGUCGAUCACAGCAGUGUUCGCCUAGGAAUCCGGGCCCUUGCUCUCUUUCCACGUGAGAAGGGGGCGAACGAACGCUUCGGGUUCUGGCAGAAACCCUCCUUCUUUCUAACUCGGUGGGUCCGAGCCAGUGCCAUGGGAGGCCCGAGCUCGGAUUCAUUCUUCGGGUUUUGAGAAAGGAGUAGAUUGAAAUAUGAUGAAAUCUUGAAAGCUACGUGGCAAAACAAACGGGACCAUGUUCUGAAGUUUUGACAGCUGCCUUCCAUAUACAUUCCAGGGAUUAUGCUGGAUCCGUCACCAUCCUGGCAAAGAGCCCAGGGUGGGAGCACUAGCCCAGGGUCUGUGGGAAGAUACAUAGCCGCAAGAUGGUAUGCCGUUGUGCGUGCUUUUGAAUCUAGUUCUAUCAUGUUCUAUCCACAUCCAUCAUAGUCUAUUCAAUGGAUUCAUUUGGCCUUUACAUGACCUUGAUAGCCAAACUUCAAUACACCACUUCACUUGGGGAAAC